CUCCAUUCUUGUGGUUAGCUUUUCUUUGGUAGUCCAAUUCCAGAAUAUCAUAUCUGGGAGGUAACCAUGAUUUGUCAUAAAAUUAUAUAAAAAGUCUAGAUAUAAUAUUCUCAAGUGCAUUUUAUAUAAGUGAUUUUCCCCUUGAGACCGUGGAACUGCGCAUGUGCAAGAUAGCCGAAAUCCUAAGCAACAAACAAACAUCAAGCAGAGGACAGCAACACAGACCGAGAGCUGUCUCUAGCAGAUAGCUAGCUACAUGGGUUUGCUUAAGAAAAUGAAAACAAUCAAUUAAUAUACCUCGCCUUUUCCCCCUAAUGAAGGAGCUCCGUCCUGGCUGAGUUUGGGAGAUGGGAGUACUCAACAUUACAGACCAGCCUCUACUGGUCCAGGCGGUUUUCAAUCGGAAUGCCGAUGAAAUUAAACUACUAUUGCACAACAAGAAAGAUGAUGUCAAUGCACUGGACCAAGAGCGCCGCACGCCUUUACAUGCUGCUGCUUGUUUGGGGGAUGUCCAUAUAAUGGACCUCCUAAUUAAUGCAGGUGCAAAUGUAAAUGCUAAAGACCAUCUGUGGUUGACUCCGUUGCACAGGGCUGCUGCCUCCCGGAAUGAAAGGGCAGUGGGGCUACUUUUAAGGCAGGGAGCAGAGGCCAAUGCACGGGACAAGUUCUGGCAGACACCAUUGCAUGUCGCAGCUGCCAACAGAGCCACGCGCUGUGCAGAGACCCUACUCCCCCACCUGAGCAACCUUAACAUAGCAGACCGCACUGGCAGGACGGCCCUGCACCACGCUGCUCAGAGUGGAUACAUGGAGAUGGUGAAGUUGCUGCUGAAUAAAGGGGCAAACCUGAGUGCCAAUGAUAAGAAAGAGAGACAGCCAAUCCACUGGGCAGCAUACUUAGGUCACCUGGAGGUAGUGAAGCUGCUUGUGUCCCGGAGUGCAGACAAGGGCUGCAGGGACAAGCAGGGCUACACCCCUCUCCAUGCUGCCGCUGCCAGUGGACACAUUGACAUCGUUAAGUUCCUGUUGAGGCUCGGCGCCGAGCUGGAUGACCCUAAUGCCUUUGGGAACACUGCGCUGCAUGUGGCCUGCUACACCGGUCAGGAGGCUGUAGCCAACGAGCUGGUGAACCACGGCGCUAACGUCAACCAGCCCAACAGGAAUGGCUACACCCCACUGCACCUGGCCGCCGUGUCCACCAACGGUGCCCUCUGCCUGGAACUGCUUGUCAACAACGGGGCCGACGUCAACCAGCAGAGUAAAGCGGGGAAGAGCCCCCUACACAUGGCAGCCAUUCACGGACGCUUCACUCGCUCUCAGAUCCUCAUCCAAAACGGCGGAGAGAUCGACAGUGUGGAUGAGUAUGGCAAUACCCCCCUCCACGUCGCAGCCAAGUAUGGCCACGAGCUGCUGAUCAGCACCCUGAUGACCAACGGCGCCGACACAGCCAGACCGGGGGCUCACGGGAUGUUUCCGCUGCACCUCGCCGUGCUCUACGGCUUCUCAGACUGCUGUCGCAAGCUCCUCUCCUCAGGUCAGCUGUACAGUAUUGUUUCAUCCAUGAGUAAGGAGCAUGUUCUGUCGGCCGGCUUUGACAUCAACAUGCCAGACAAUUUUGGAAGGACCUGUCUACACGCCGCUGCUUCUGGAGGGAACAUUGAAUGUCUGAACUUGCUCUUAAGCAGCGGGGCGGACUUGAAUCAGAGGGACAAAUUGGGAAGGACUCCGUUGCAUUACGCAGCUGCUAACGGGCGGUACCAGUGCACUGUGACCCUGGUGAGUGCUGGAGCUGAGGUGAACGAGCCAGACGCUGCAGGCUGCACUCCCCUGCAUUACUCUGCUGCCUCCCAGGCUUUCUGCCGUAUGGACCGACAUUUCCCUGGGACUCUUCAGAGCGAGGAGGACGGAGCAAAGGAGUCCUAUUUUUGCCUGGAGCAUCUGUUGGACAACGGUGCUGACCCUUCCCUGGUGAACGCUAAAGGCUACAGUGCCGUACACUAUGCCGCUUCGCACGGCAACAAGCAGAACCUGGAACUGCUCCUGGAAAUGUCUUUUAAUGCGUUGGGAGACAUUGAGAGCAGCAUUCCAGUGAGCCCACUGCAUUUAGCUGCUGAUAAUGGCCACUGGCAGGCCCUGCGUGUGCUGACAGAGACCGCCGCCUAUGUGGAUGUGCAGGAUGCCUCUGGCCGCUCCGUGCUCUACCUGGCUUCCCAGAAGGGUUACGCCCGCUGUGUGGAGGUCCUGCUGGCCCAGGGGGCCUCCUGCAUCCUCAACGAGAACCGACACAUGUGGACCCCUCUGCAUGUCGCGGCUGCCAACGGCCACACGGAAUGUCUCCACAUGCUGGUUGACAGCGGAGAGGAGGCGGACCUGACCAAUGUCACAGACACACGGGGACAGACUCCUCUGAUGCUGGCCGUGCUGGGGGGCCAUGCUGCCUGUGUCCACCUGCUGUUGGAGAAGGGGGCGUGGCCGGACGCCAAGGACAAGAGGGGCAGGACUGCUCUGCACAGAGGGGCGGCGUUGGGCCGCGAGGACUGUCUGACGGCCCUGCUGGACCACGAGGCGUCGUGCCUGUGUCAGGACAGCUGGGGUCGUACCCCGCUGCACUACGCCGCCUCGCAGGGUCACACCGACAUCCUGGCCAGCCUGCUGCGUGCCACCACACGCUCCCAGCCUCUGGCCUCCCUUCUGGACCACGACCAGUACACUCCGUCACACUGGGCUGCCUACCAAGGGCAUGAAGACUGUUUGGAGGUUUUACUUGAACACAAAACUUGUAGAAACGUUAUUCCGGAGGGAAACCCCUUCACCCCAUUGCACUGUGCCCUAAUGAAUGGCCAUAGUGGUGCUGCCGAGAUGCUGUUGGAAUCAUCUGGAGUGCAGAUGGUGAACACUAGGGACACUAAAGGAAGGACCCCCCUCCAUGCCGCGGCGUGCGCUGAGGAUGUGGCGGGGCUGCAGCUGGUCCUACGUCACGGGGCCGAGAUCAACGCCGUGGACGGCACCGGCCGUUCUGCUCUCAUGGUCGCCGCCGACAACGGACAGAGUGGCACCGUGGCCAUCCUCCUGCACCGGGCCAAGGCUGACCUGACGCUGCUGGAUGACAAUGGAAACACCGCCCUGCACCUGGCCUGCAGCAAGGCCCAUGAGAUGUGUGCCCUGCUGAUUCUAGGAGAGAUCCAUAACCCUACACUCAUCAAUGCGACCAACACCGCCCUGCAGAUGCCCCUACAUCUGGCAGCACGCAACGGCCUGGCCACCGUGGUUCAGGCCCUGCUGAGCCGAGGGGCCACCGUUCUGGCAGUGGACGAGGAGGGUCACACUCCGGCUCUGGCCUGCGCUCCCAACAAGGACGUGGCCGACUGCCUGGCUCUGAUCCUGUCCACCAUGAAACCCUUCCCCCAGCUAGACCCCGCCUCCUCCUCCUCCGUGUCCUCCUCCAUCUCCCCCGGUCUCAACCUACUGAAGCACUGCGGCAUCACCGCCGCCUGCACGCCCCGGCCGAACGGAGGCCUCCGCCAUCACCACGGCUACGUGAAAGACCGCCACGGCGCCGCCGUGGGCCUGGACGGAUGCCUGUCCGAGUGAGGUCGUCCUACACUUCCACCACAUGCCGGUGUGUUUGUGUGUGAGUGUGCACGUGCGUGCGUGUGUGCGUGCGUGGUCUUCUCCUGAAGUGCAGUCAAACCUAUAUGCAAAUAGAGCACACGACAUCUAUCCUAGCUCUGUGGUAGUUCAUGCUUAACAUGGUGAGAGAUUGACCUCUCUCUGUAAGGUCAACGGAAUACUGCUGUUUGUCCCAAAAUGGUUGGUAAUAACAAACCACAACAUCCCUAAAUCAUCAAUCCCUUUAAAUAAUGUCCCACAAAUAGGUACUUUUUACUAUGUUAUUAUUUUUUUUAGUAGGUCAGCACAGAAACAAAUACUGACAGCUAAAAGCACUGUUUACCCACGUUUUUGUUUCUUUUUAGUCUGUGGUCACUUCUUUUCUCCAUUUUCUUCUUUUUUUCUACAUCAUAUCUGAAAUGACGAGUAGUAGUGGCUUUGUAUAGGAAUGCACAGUUUUUUCUAAAAGCGGAAUGAUCAAACGGGUUAAAGUAGAGUAUAGGACUUGAUAAAAGAACCAUACCCAGGAAAGUCCUGCCUAACAGUGCAAUGCUAAAAUAUAACAAUUCUGACUUUUCCAAAAGGAUUAUAGUAUGUACCUACUUUAAUAGCCUAUAUUUAAACCUCUAGCCUCAAAUUGUUUAACAUUUCAUAGUGGAGAAUUUUCAUAGAGCUGCUAAAGUUUGAAAAGUGAGUAUGUAAGCAUGUCUCCGUGAAGGAGAAUACUGCACAGGUUGGCAUUUUAGGAUCUGUUUAUUGUCAAUGCAGUAGUAUUGUCUACAACACAGUUCUGUGUUUACUAAGGUAGAAUGUGGUACAAAACAAAUUAUGACCAAAGGUGAUCAUCACUGCUAUGGCUAAAAAUAUAUUUAUUUGAGAUGUACUGUACAGAGAAACAUGAUAGAUUGCUCUUGAGAUACCUCAAUACAUAAUUUUGUAGCUGCUGAACGGCUAGAUACGGAGAAUAGAAGUAGUGAGGUCUUGAUUAUUUCAGUCUUUGGGAGCACGCCUCAUUGUACCUCGUUGAAGCCUCUAGUAUUCUGAGCACAUUCUCCUGAAUUCUGAGUACCUCUUUGAUAAUCCUACAAGCCAUUUCAAUAGAUUUGAUUUGUCCUUUUUUUUUUUUUUUUCAUUCGCAAAACCUUCGAGGAGGAAUGCUUAUUUUCUAAAUUGACACUGGUACAAUAGUCGGUUCUGGUAUGAGAUUAAAUUGCUUGUCUGAGAGUGCUCUUUUGUGUUUGUAUAAUUUAAGAACUAUUAACUUUCUUGUCAAUAUCAAAAAGACAAUCAUAGUCUCAAGGGCUUUGUUUCCUUGGAAAUCUUGUUUAAUAUUCACUUUAUUUGUUUGAGUACUGAUACGCACGUGAAUGACCUAUGGUAGAGUAAUGGCUGACAUCGGUUUCACCCAGGCGUUUCUCUCAUUGCCAAGUAAAAAUGCAAUUGACUGCCUCUGGCAUCUCGUUAAUUGCCUUUAGAGCCAUAUGACAUGGUGGCAGUGUGAAGCAGGAUAACAUGACAUAACCCUAACCAUAGUAUCUCACCUACCGGUUAAGCAGAGAAACCUUACUGGGUUAGGCCUGAUUGUUCUUACGUCUCAACAGAGGCCAUGACUGACUAGAGAGAAUUUUUUUUAGCCUGUUGGAAAGGACUGAGAGGAAACUAAUGUUACACUUGUGGCCAGUAGUUGUAAUUCUGUUUUUAGAUUCUCUGGAAUAGUAAAGCCAAAAAGUUUACAAUUCCUUUUUGGUUUGUAGAAUUAUUUUUGUGUAUGUAGCUUAUAUCGUCUGAUGGUACUACAUACAUUGUAGAUGAUUGUAUCAGACCACUGGAGCUCUUUGCCUGACCUAAUUGAAUAUUUUUUUUACACUAACAUGAAAUCAUCAGAGAACCAUUACAUUUCCCAGAUUCCCAUAUUUAUUUCACCCUGCACCACAUCAUCAUGUCCUGACAGCGCUUAAAUGACCUGCCUUAGUCGUAUAUGACAAGGAGGAUGGUGGAACAUCAUGAUGAUACUGGAGUAAUCUAGUGUUAUGCAUCAGUGGUCUGCGUUGUCUGGGGUAGAGGAGGGCCAAAGGGAAGUCUGUUGUCUUUUGAUGUAAUGUCUUUGAUGUUUUCUAAGUUUUGGAUUGCAAACAAACAGGCAUAUCAUAUUGACAUUAUUUUGUGUGUAUACAGAACGGUUCCAUUUUAAGGCAAGCCUGCCACCAGUGAACCUUAAUUCCAUUAUCUGCAGCUCCAUACCAGUGUUUAAAAUGGCUUGUUUCUAUGAUUUUGUGAUUACAGUGGGGGGGGGGGGGGGGCAUGUUGGGAUAACCUGCAGGUCUCUAACCAGAAGGAUGGUAUUUUCUGGCUGCCCCAACGUCAAAGCUCAGAGUUUGGAAAUCAGCAUGAAAUAGGACUUUUAUAUUUUUCUGUAAACAAAACAUUAUUUUUUGUUCACUUUAAAACACUAGUUAUGUAAUGGAGAUAAUGGAAAUUGCAUUUAAAAGUGAUGGAAUUACCCUUUAGAUUGCCCAUUAUGUUUGUGUGCGUGUGAUCACUCCUGAAUACAUGGACAUUUAUGUAAAAGGCAGCUAGCUGGUAGCAGCUUAAUUGGAGAAGACCAGCUCAUAGCGAUGACUGGAGAGGAAAAAAGAUAUAAUCGUAGCAAACACGGUUUCCAUGGGGUUGAUACCAUUUCAGCCAGUAUUAAGAUCAUCCUCCCCUGUUAACGCAUAUGUAUAUUUACAUCCGUAUGCGUUGUAGCUAAAAGAGGUGCAGUUGACAGACAAGACAAAUGUUGCUAGGAUUGUAUACUGUUGCUUCACUGCCUGUGUAAAUGCAGCCAGAGACACCGAUUACUUCAAUCAUUCAGGUCAGGUCGGCUUUUUUUCUGUCUUGCAAUGCCUGUACUUGUCCAGCAGAUGGCAGUUUCCCAGCAUGUGUUUGCACCUCGCGGAAGUCUAUGAAUGCAAAGAAAUGAUGAGAGACAGAGAGCACAUUGUAAAGUAGUUUCAGAUGAUCAUUUUUACUUUGAAAUAAUGUCAGUAAAGAGGACUUUUAUUUCCCACUUGGGUUUCAUAUAAGGAAUCGUAUAUGAAAGGAUCAUUUGUAGAAAGAACAUGUGAAAGUGAUGCUGAGCAGCUGUAUGGUGCUGCCAUUUAUAUUCAGGCCAAUCCAACAGGACAUUCUGUAGAUGCCAAUUAAAGAUUUGCACAAUUAGUCGUGAAAAUCUUUGGUCACAGGGCCCUUCUUGCCAAAAGACAUUGGAAUCAAAUUGCACAGAUAAAAUGUUAAUGGAUUUGUAGAACAUGCAAUGUACAGACUAACAAUAAAUCUGAGCCAUGAAUUUACUGACAAAUGUGAAUGUAGGGUUAAAUUGGAACAAGACUAUUCAUUUUCUCCUGACUGUUGAAGCAACAUUAACUACUUUUCCUAUUCAGUCUUCCUGUUCUGGGUAGUUUCUCUGCAAUGACAUCCAGCUAGCCUAUAAACCCCCAUUUCAUUCAUAACCAUGCAUUGCCAGUGGAAUCAGGAGGGUAGAGAGUUUGAACAUCUAUCUCUAUUACCAACAUUGAGCUUGCCUUACUGUACUUUGUAACCACGAAGUUAAACUACACUGUAGCUGCAUUCAUUUUAUUUAAUGUUUUACAUUAACUGAUGUUUUUGAAAAGGAAUAUACACCUAGCUACACCCAUUUAGUGCCAUAGAAGCCUUUGUUUGCCUUUAGUCAUAUUUGGUGAGUGAAAAAAGAACUGUCUGGACUCUUACUGUGAUUCCCAUAAAUAAUAGAGAAAAGGGAAGAAGAGUUGUAAUCAUUGCUGGUACACAGGUGCUGAUGUUUUUGCAACGCUUAGUUCCAAUCAUUGGUUGAAAGUAGUCCAAGAACAGACAUCUGGAAGAAGGAAAAUUGAUGCAAGAUUUAAUCUGUAUAAUUGGACAUAUUUUGUAGGGGGAAAAUGUAUUAAAAAAAAGUCUUCAUGGUGUAGGCAAUAAUCAUUAGUUUUAUUUGUAAGAUGUGGUUUGUGAUUAUUUGACUCUUUUAAUAUUUGCAGAUGGAUGGUUAACAGGGAAUAGAUUUACCUCGAUGGAUGCCCCUAUUCAUACUUGAAGUAUAUUUCAUUGAAGGCAAUUAUAUAAUGUUUUCAUUCACAGCUGAGCCUUACCUUUAAAAGCAAAGGAACCAGUAUCUUGCUGUACCUACAUCAUUUUGUUUUGUUUGUUUUACAAGUAAAACCUCAAUUCUUUUUUUUUUCUUAGUGGGACUAACUAAAAUCUCUGAUGUUGCAGUUAUGCGCUGUGUACCAAAUAUCCACCUGUUCCCUACAUGGAGGCCCACUAUGGGCAAUGGUAAACAGCAAUCUACUAUAUAGGGAGUAGGAUGCUUCAGACAAACCCACAGAUUUUGGGGGUCUAGAAGCACACGAUGUUGGGCACACCUCAAGGCUGUCGAUUGUUUCGGGGAUUUUGCCACAUUUCCUAGUGUGUUUCAGAGAAUCUUUUUGUAUUUUUUAUUAUAACUUAUUUCCAGUGUAGUUUUAGCUACUGUAAUCUCCAAAACCAAAUAACGCUGUUAAGUACCUCAAUGCCAGUUGGAGAAAAUAAAGGACAAAAAUACUUUUUAAGUUUAACUAUAAACUAUUGUCAGUUUUAUUCUAAACACCAAAUUAUGGGAUUUGUGGUACGUGAGUAGAAAGGUGUAGUUAAGUUCCAGGGGAAAUUUAAUUGGGGUUUCGGGGUGCUACGCUGUAAUUAUUUACCACCUCAAAUUAGUGCAUGUGGGUGAGUGAAUAUAGGAGAUUUUUUAGUGUCACUAAUGCUUGUGGUCACAUUUUCCCCUCUAUCCUUGGUAAUUUUCCAUCAUUAGGACCUGUUUGACAUGGAGGACAGAUUGGUGUGGUGCCUUUUACGUGUUUCUGAAUUCAUGUUGUAUCUACGGCAUGGUCUUCCAUUUAUACCUCCCGGAAGCCUUAUGAAUGACAAAAUGUUAAGGAACAGAAGGGCGCAUCUCUCUGAAAAUAACAUUCUCAACCUUUGAUGUGAACUAUAAUAAGCAGCACUUGUUUAAGUUCUUGGCCUAUUUUGUGUGCAUGCUAUGGAUCUCUGAGCGUGAGUUCCGUCUUAUGGUGACUAAUUGUUCUAUCUGCACACAAUCCUACCUAAUGUUGAAUAAACCAAUAUUGGGGUAACUUUUGAAAGCACAAAUCCAAAGAUGGAACCAUAUUUUUUGAUGGCACCUCCAAGCAAUGAUGUCUCAAUGUUGCGGAUAUUAGGUGGUCAUGAAAAGAGGAAAGAAUGGGGUUGGAUAGUCUGUACCAGUAAUUGUAGUUUCUCUGACGUCUGAGCAUAUCAAUUUAAAUGGUUGUUUUGUCCAAUUUGAUGUGUUGGUAAUUCAAAAAAAAAAAAAUGCUAGCUGUACAGAAUAGUUCAAGUUGUAAAAUCAUAUUCGGGAACAUAAAAGUAAUAAUUUGUUUGUAACUGUUGACAGUAGUGUUUUUUAGUAUUAGACUGAUGAAUAGUCAGGGUCCCUAGCAGUGUGCUGUGUUAAUAGUGUGAUCAUGCUGUUGAAGUGGUGUAAUAUAACUUGCAUUAUCUUAUAUUAGCCUUAGAGUGUGAUGAAGCAUCUCUUUUUAUGCUGACCUCCUUUUUGAAAUAGCUGAAAGACGAGUGCAAUAAACCUCUUUAUUUAUCGUUUUGCUUCCUCAAGUGUAAAAAAAAAAAACAACAACAAACAAACAAACAAAAAAACAAGACAAAAUAAACAUACUCUCUCCUGGAUGAAGCAGUAGGAUUGCAACCUCUCCUUGCUUGAUGUUUCACAUCCAGAGAAGUGGCGCUUAUUAGAAUCUAGAAUGUGGAAUUGCAUUCAGAGUUGUGAUUGAUAUUCCAGUAUCAGAGCUGCUUUCUUAGAGGGACCAUGCACAAAACCAUUUGACUGAAUAACAGUGUGUUUGUUAUAGAGACGUUUGGAUGGUAUUUUAUGGAGUCAAUCUCCUCGAAUGUGUUUUAUUUGUUUUCCUGGAACGUCUUAGUGUGUGCGUAUGCAUCGUCCUCUGUACCAAGUUCAAUGUUUUCUGGCCAUGAAUUAAGUGGAUCAAAGAAGUUGUGAAAUGCCUUAUCUUGUUUUCUGAAGAAAAAAAAACAUUAAGGGAUACAGCCCAUUCAUUCCCCCUAACUAAUCUUUAAACGUGUGCAUCUUUCACAAUUUAACUUGAGCUUGCACAGUUCAGGAAACUUUCUGAAGCUGUUCUGAUCUUCACUGUACAUGUAAACUGUUUAUCAGUGUGAUAAAUGGGGAGGCAUUUGCUGGUGACCCACAGGUUAUAUUAAUAAAACAAUUUUAGACUUCUCUAAUUGUUAAAGGUUUUUAUAGUGUUGACCAUGUGCUUGUCUGAGCAAAGAAGCAGGCCUGUCUACAUCAGACAUAGCGCUCACAAUGGAAAUGCAAAAGUAGCAAAUAAGAGGUUCACCAGUAACAACAGCUCAGUGCCUAGGGUAUGAGGUGUGCCUACUGUACACACCCUUUUGACUUGUACAUGUUGGAAGCCCUAUGAUAUUGGUUGUGAAUUACCUUUUUCACUAGCCUGGGUAGCAGCCGCUUUAGCAUACAUUCCAGUCCCUGUGCUCUGUGUUCCCUCUGCUGUUUCUAUGUUCGUUCUGCAGCACCCGAACUGAAUGUGAACUGAUUAAAACAGACUACGGGUUACCGUUAGUUGCCUGUUUCACUCAUCAGUGGCUUACCUGUUGUACAUACUAUGGCCCCCGUAUCAGGAAAGGGGAAGGAGUCAGAAUCAGGGCUUACAGGGUUACAAUCAGAUGGUUUCUCAAUGCACCUUUAAAAGGAGAUUGGUUUGUCCGCCAAAACAUUCCAAACGAUUCUUUGCGAGUUUUGCUGUUGGGUAACAAAAAAUAGUUUUGCUUUGCUCUUGAAUGGUAGGAUCUUUGACAUCUGGCAUAGGCCCAACUUGUUUGCCAGCAAAUGUAAGAAUACCUUAUUUAACUCUUAAUUUACCUCAUUUACAAACCUGCAACUAUUAUUCUACUGUGUGUAGAAAUGCCAUCACCAGCAUGUUCUAGAUCAGUGACGACAAUGACAACAGGACGGAUGAUGUAGCUCCAUUUUAAAAAUGGAUGAAUUCAACAAUGACCCAUCAACGAAUAAGAAGACGCCCCUCGGUUGCUACAAAUCUCACUAAAUUCAGCAAAUGGCUGAUACAUAUAAUGGAAUCAUCGAUGUGAAUAAACGUGUUUGCAAUUCUUUCAGUAGUAGCAUUUUUCCCUACCUCCUAUAAGUUGCAGCUUUGAGCUAAACUCCGUUUAUUUUGACAUACAGAUCUACAGUGUAUACACAGAAGACAGGGAACCUUUUUUUUAUAUUACCGUGAGUAAUUAUAAUUGAACAUGAAGUGUGCUUGAUUUUAUGUAGAAUAGUGUUUAAACAUGAAAUUAUUUAUGAAAAGCAUUUAUACAACAAAAUACCACUGGGAGCUUAAGCCAGACUGGGUUAUUUAUGAUCAUCUUUUACCCCUUCAUCACCCUUAGGAUGCAUUACAUUGAGUACAUUGGCAUUUUCUGUUUGCGUUUAACAAAGGCCCUCGAUUCUUCUGUAGAUGUAAAACGAUUUUCCCAUUUUUGUCAUGCAGUCUCUCAAAGUUAGUUUACAGCUUCCUGGACUGGUUGUUGGCGUGGUAAUUGCAUACGUAGAUGCAGAGUUAAUAGGUUUUCAUGGGGGAGUCCGGUUCUGCAUAUAUUAUAUUCUGUACGAGGGUGAGUUUUGUUUCCCUCAUGUGGUAUGCCUUCAAAAACAUCCACUCAACCUGUUUUUCCUUUUGUAACCCUAUCUGUAUGGGCUUCAAUUCCAUGUGAAUAGGAGACAAAAUAAGCAGUUGGGUCUCUGGCCAGACAGACACCCUCACCCACUCCCCACUUCCUCCAAAUCCACAAGCCAUUUGUUUAUUUGACAAUGCAAUUGAUCCUGAAAGCACUUUGCCUUGUUAUUCCCUUGUCAACAAUGUGUACAUGGUCAUUUGUUACGGAUAUGUGUAAGAUCAUUCAUGCAUCAUUUCGGAAGAAUUUGCAUCAGUCUUUCUGACAUUAAAAGAAUUAAAAGAUUUAUUAAAAAUGUAACCUAAAUCUAUUUUAUACUAUGUUUGCUGCAGCCAGUUGGUCUUGUCAUUCAGUAUUGUGGCUUAGGGUUGGUUGUGUGUUUAAAUAAAGUACUAUUGCUAACUA